AUGGAUGUAAUGUUUGCUCAUCAGCAGUCGAGCUUGAAUCCGAAUGCCCCGAUGUUCGUCCCCAUGGCUUACCAGGCGGUGGAGGACUUCUCCGAUCAGUGGUGGUCACUCAUCCAAUCCUCCGCCUGGUUCCGCGACUACUGGCUCCAGGAGCGCUACCAGGAUCCCCAAUUCGACUUCUUCCUCCCCGACGAAUACUUUAGGACACAAUUGUCAUAUCGAAUACUUUAG